UAAUAAAUCUGUGAACGGAAGGGAGGUCAGGACAGUUAAGCCGCUGUACCUGUUCUACAUCAGAGCAAAAAGCGCGUCUUUCCCGGGGAGAAGUCAAAUCCACAGACAGUGCCCCACCCAUUUGGAUUUUGCCGUUCGUUCCGUGUAUUGCAGGCUCCAGGGCUGCUGGGGAGGAGCGAGGCUCGUCUUUAUCAGUAAGACAGCGCCGCUGCUUGAGCGCUACACUGACCGUCUGCCGCGCGCAAUCACCGUUUGAUCGGGACCCGCGCGGAGUCUCUCCGUUAUCUCGCCGCGCGCCACUGCAGCAGAAGGGCAAGAGUAACUCCUGAGAGGAUCACUUGUUUAAUCUCCGCUGACCCUUCCUGGGAGAAAAAAAACACGGACUUAACUGACACCUGUCCUGGGAGAUACUUAGUCGAAGACCUUUUCGUGUACCUCAGAAGUUUUAACCGUCUGUACCGUUCAACGUUUGUAACCUUGGAACUCGUUGCUGCUGUUCGGUGAGGAUGGGACCGUUGCUUGUCUCCAUCGCCCUCUGCGUGCACCUCGCUGUCCCGCAUCUCGUCAAAGCAGAUGGUGAGGAUCCGACUUCAGCAGGACCCUGCCAUCCAAACCCUUGUCACAAUGGAGGCACCUGUGAAAUCAGUGAAACAUUCAGGGGUGACACAUUCAUUGGAUACGUCUGCAAGUGCCCAUCAGGCUUCAACGGAAUCCACUGCCAACACAAUGUUAAUGAAUGUGAAAGAAGUCCCUGUAGAAAUGGGGGGAUCUGCACAGAUCUGGUUGCGAACUAUUCCUGUGAAUGCCCAGGGGAAUAUAUGGGAAGAAACUGCCAGUACAAAUGUUCCGGUCCACUGGGCAUGGAAGGUGGAAUCAUCUCCAACCAGCAGAUAACAGCCUCCUCCACUCACCGAGCUCUCUUCGGCCUCCAGAAAUGGUACCCCUACUUUGCCCGGCUGAAUAAGAAGGGUCUUGUGAACGCCUGGACUGCAGCCGAGAAUGACAGAUGGCCCUGGAUUCAGGUAACAGAUUGACAUGAGCAGAUUAAG